UUUCUUGUAUUUAUAAGAAUGUGGGUUAUAUAUGCGUUAUGAAAAAUAUUACGUAUUAUAUCGUUAUUAUUUAUCUAUCGUUUAAAAAUAGAUUUAUAAUUAGAAAAUUUGUAUACAAAUUUAGACUAAAUCCGCAUAUAUGCAUAAGUGACAUAUGGUUAAAUCGAUAUUUAAUAUUUAACAAUAUUCUAAUAAAUUAUUAGAUAUAAAUAUAUUAUUAUUAAAUUUUCUUCUUCUUCUUCUUCUUCUUCUUCUUCUUCUUCUUAAUGUCGUAGUGAACAGAAAUUUAUCGACCAAACGAUUUUAACCUUCGUAGUUACGAAAUUAGGGGUUAGUUAUAUCGGUGAGUGUUUUAUUUUCUGACACGUUUUAUUAACGACAACUUUAAAACGAUAUGGAAUCAAAGAAUAAAGGCUCUAGUUUAAAAAACAAGAUAACCUAUACACCGUUGUCUAAAACCACAACAAGCAAGAAGGGAAGUUAUUUGAAAUUACUUGGCAAAUCAAAAUUUGACGAUAUCGAUAAAUUAACACCGAAAGAUUUGGAAGAUUCUUUGAAAAGAGCGAAAGAAAAUCCGAUAGAACCUUUCGCUUUUUUAACUAAAAUUUCGGUAGAAGGUACGAUCGAGGAAAACAUAUUAAACAAAGCGAAGAACGAAUCAACGGAGAUAGACAUUAAGUUGGCUAACCUGAUGAAACGUAUAGAAUUGAAUAAAACUUUGUUGGAAAGAACGAAUCAACGUGUGAAAGAUAUCGAUUCUCUCGUUAAACGAAGCGAAUUGAUUUUGCCGAAAAAUCAGAUUUACGACGAGAAUAUCUAUAUGAAAAUAAAGUCGACCGCUAAAAAAGAAUCUACGAAAAUUGAACCUUCGAUCGAAUAUCCAGAAAUUGAAAAAUUUCGUCGUACCAUGGACGCGACCAAGGACAUGCUGAAUUACGUAAAGAAAAUUUCUAAAGGUGAAAUGACCUUGAAUGAUUUACCUACGGAACUUUUGAAUCGUGUAAAAUCGUCCAACGAAAAUAUCGAGAACAUCAAGAUCGACCAGUAAUAAAUUUACGACGAUGAAAUAAACUCAUUUGAGCUCGUGCGAAAAAUCUUUCGAAUGUCUUCUAAGGGAUCGAAAAGAAGCUAAGAGAACAUCCGACAUGAAGGUAUCUCAGCGGCGGCAAUAUUUU